AUGGAGCGGCGGCGGCUGUCUCAUAGCGACGAUGGCGCGCUGCCUUACCAUGCAAAACGACGAAAAACUGGCUUCCAACAGAGUGAGGAUGAUUCUAUACGCGAGCGCUAUACAGUCGCUUGGAUUUGCGCAUUGCAUAUCGAGAUGGCUGCAGCCCGCGCUAUGCUCGACGAAGAGCACUCUGAGUAUCCACAGCAAGGCAACGACACGAACUCUUACGUCCUGGGGAGCAUCCGGAAUCACAAUGUGGUCAUAGCCUGCUUGCCGGAUGCUCAAUACGGCCUGAGUAAUGCCGCGAGUGUGCUGAGUAACGUGAGAAGGACGUUCCCCAAUAUCGAAAUCGGAUUGAUGGUAGGUAUUGGUGGGGGAGUGCCGCUCAAAGCUGAUAUAAGACUCGGAGAUAUUGUGGUGGGUGUCAGGGUCAUGCAGUAUGAUAUGGGGAAAACACUCAGCGAUGGCUUCCAACGAACAGGAGUUCCAAAAAUACCCGACUCGACAAUUCGCACAGUCAUCUCAAAUCUGAGAUCUAAACAUGAGCUAAGUGGGAGCCGAGUUCCUUCGAUAUUGAGGGAGAAAAUGGGGAGCUACGCUGCUUAUUUGCGGCCAACCAAGCCUGAUCGUCUCUUUCAGAAGUCUUAUCCUCACCCCCCUUCAUUCCUAUCUUGCGAUCAGUGCGAUUCGUCCAAGCUAGAGACGAGAAAGAACCGAUCUUCUGCCGACCCGGCCAUUUACUAUGGCGGUAUUGGCUCAGCCAACACAGUCAUGAAAGACUCAAGUGUUCGUGAUGAGAUCGCGCGGGAGCUGGAUGUACUUUGCUUUGAGAUGGAGGCUGCUGGUUUGAUGGAUAUCAUGCCUUGCCUGCCUAUUCGUGGUAUCUGCGACUAUUCGGAUUCUCAUAAAUCUAAAGAGUGGCAGCGGUAUGCUGCAGCCACUGCAGCAGCUUAUUCCUAUGAGUUCUUGGAACUAUGGAGAGGAGACUACCAAGCAUCUUACGCUGGUUACCAUCACCCGCAAUCUGAGCACACUAUGACGUCCGGAGCUCAUGAGGAGAUACUGAAAUCGUUAAAUUUCGAGGAGAUUGAUGCUCGCAAGUCGACUGUCGAAACAGCACAUUCAAAGACCUGCCGUUGGUUUCUGAAGCACCCUGACUACCUUUCGUGGAUAGACCAGCAGAAGAAAUCGCAAAAUCAUGGUUUCCUUUGGAUCAGAGGGAAGCCUGGAGCUGGGAAGUCCACCAUCAUGAAGUUCAUCUACCUACAAUGGAAGAAAAAGGACCGUAAGAAUCAGACUCUCACCGCCUCAUUCUUCUUCAAUGCCCGUGGAGAAUUGCUGGAAAAGACUGUCUCGGGAAUGUACAGAUCGUUGCUUUUGCAAUUGUUCCAUGGAUUUCCAGACCUCGAGUGUGUGUUGGAUGAUCCAGAUGUUUUCCCUCGAAACCAGAGUGGUUGCCCUCCUUUGAAUGUCCUGAAAGACCUUUUUCGUGCUGCAGUCGCCAAACUAGGCCAAAGAUCCUUUACAUGCUUCAUUGAUGCUCUCGAUGAGUGCGACGAGCAGCAAGUGAUGGAUCUGGUUGAAUACCUCGAGGACUUGGCUGAGCAAUGCUCAGAAGAAAAUGUAGAUCUUCGUAUAUGUUUCUCCAGUCGUCAUUAUCCCUAUAUCGACAUCAGAUUUGGCAUCCGCAUCAUUCUCGAGGAUCAGGUGGGCCAUGCAAACGAUCUUGAGAGUUAUAUCACGACUCAUCUUCGAAUCAAGAGCCGACCACUCCUCGCGGAGCUGCAGGAAAAAAUGCUUCAUAAAGCAGCUGGUGUUUUCCUGUGGGUUGUUCUAGUGGUUCGCAUCCUGAACCAAGAGAGUCGCCGUGGAGGCCUCGCUCUUAGAAGACGACUUGAAGAAGUUCCCACUGGCUUGAGUGACUUGUUCAAAGAUCUGCUAAAGAGAGAUACGACCAACAUGGAAGAACUUCUCUUAUCAAUAUUAUGGAUACUUCUAAGCAAACGACCACUUAAACCUGAGGAAUACUACCACGCGAUUUGGUCGGGGUUGGCCCUAGAGGGACUAGCAGACAUAGGUGUACCGGAAGUGGACGAGGAGGACUUUGAGAAUUGCUUUGGCCGGUGUGUUAUCAGUUCAUCAAAGGGCUUGGCCGAGAUUACAAAAGUCAAGCAGCCGAGGGUUCAGUUCAUACACGAGUCUGUUCGAGACUUCCUCAUCAAGGACAAGGGUCUUCACGAACUAUGGCCAGAACUUGGACCAGACUGGGAGAGUGUGGGCCAUGACAGGUUGAAGAUGUGCUGCUAUUCUUACUUCCAAUUCGUUGUUGAGAAGGGACAGCUCGAAGUUGAGGACUAUGAUACUGUCGAGCAUAGGGUCGCAACGGGGACUAAGGCGUACCAUUUCCUCCAAUAUGCUAGCCAGUUCGUUCUACAUCACUCUGACCUUGCAGUAAGUGCUGCUGAACAACAGACAUUUUUGGACAGAUUUCAGACUUCUGCUUGGAAAGGGGUCGUAAACGCGUUUGAGAAGUUCAGGGUCCGUAAAUACAGCCCGACUGCUGGGUUGCCAUAUAUACUUGCGGACAGAGGGUGUUCGUCACUCAUACAGACAAGUCUAGGAGGUGAUGCCACUUUCAACCUGCCUUCGGAUGAUGACAGAUAUGUGUAUCCACUCAUAGCUGCCAUGGCUAAAGGGGACAAAGUCAGCGUCCUUGCUCUCUUGGGCUUACCCUCCGCGCUUUAUGAAGGGAUGGAUAUUACAGAAGGGCUAUUGCCCAACAUAGAUGCUACCGGUUCUUCCCGAACACCACUUUCUUGGGCCUGCGAGAAUGGCCACCUUGGGAUCGCAAGAGUCCUUAUAGAAAGAGAGUGUCAAAGCCCAGAGGGCUUUCGGUGGCAAUACUCGCCGCUGAUGCUUGCGGCAAAAAAUGGCCACAAAGAAACAGCGAGAUGGCUGGUCAAUCACAAAGUGGAUGUUAACCGAAAACACAUGAAAGAAAGUGCCAUUUGGCUUGCGUCAAGCAACGACCAUGCGGAAAUAGUUGAGCUCCUGCUCGACGCCGGGGCAGAUCCUGAUACAUGUGGCGUUAAGAAUGCGCCUGUGAUAUGUCUAGCUGCUGAGAAAGGACAUGAGAAGGUGAUAGAGCUCCUUUUGAAGAGAGGCGCAAAUCCUAAGGUGAAAGACUAUUGGACACAGACACCUCUCCAUCUUGCAGCGGAAAAGGAAGGAUCCGAAGUAACGAUGAAAGCACUUCUAGAGUUCGGAGCAGAUAUCAAUGCCAGGGACGCUAGUGGCCGGAUUCCCCUCUUCUCGGCCGUAGAAUGUGCCACUGUCGAUGAGAUACGGUUCUUGCUUAGCCAAGGAGCUGAUGCAACGGCUGAAGACAAAAAGGGUGAGACCUGUCUACACCAAGCAAUGAAUAGGGGCAAACUGGCAUUUGAGAUUGUUCGACUACUUCUGGAAAACGGGACAAGGCCCGAUGCUCGCAAUAGAUUUGGCGAAACGUGCCUCCACACCUUUGCACGUUGUGGGGAAAACAUUCCUUCUGGCGAUUUAGUUCAGUUGGUCGCUAGCCGCGGAACUGACAUCAAUGCCAAAGAUGAUUCUGGCAAUACACCUUUGCAUCUUAUAACGGCACGUAGAGCUAUAAAAGCUCUGUCAACGUUCGUCCUCCAGCCUGGCUUGAACCUCAAUGCUCGCACUCACCGAGGCAAGACGCCAUUGCACGUUGCAGCUUCGCUUAGCCCACCUGAAAUAGAUGAGCUCGACAUACUAAUAGGGAACGGAGCGGCCAUCAAUUCCAUGGAUAACGAAUCAAAAACACCUCUUGAUGAGGCAAUAGAUGUGGGAUAUAAGGAAGCCAUUCAGCUCCUGAUAAAGAACGGAGGAAAGCGAGGCGUUUUAUAA